AUGACCGCGGAAGGACACCUUAUAUUCUCUGUCGCUUGCGCGAUCUUCGCCAAGAAGGCGGAAGUGACGCCAGAGCUGGCUACCGGCGACUGGUGGCACAUCUACCCGCGCGCGCUGCUGACCUCGCUGCUGCCGGACAUCGAUCACCCCAAGUCGGUACUGGGCCAGCGUCUGCGCUGGAUUGCCCUGCCCAUCGCCCGCGCCUUCGGCCACCGCGGCUUCACCCACAGCCUGCUGGCGAUCGCCGGCGGCAUGGCGCUGUUCCAGCUGGACGUGCCGCGCAGCUGGCCGAUCCCGGCCGACGCGCUGCACGCCAUGAUCAUCGGUUACUUCAGCCAUCUGCUGGCCGAUAUGCUCACUCCCGCCGGCGUUCCGCUGCUGUGGCCAUGCCGCUGGCGUUUUCGCCUGCCGCUGCUCAACUCGCAAAAAGGCAAUCAGCUCGAGCGCGUGCUGUGUCUGUGCCUGGUGGCGUUUGCCAUCUUUUGGCAAGGUGAUUUCACCCUGCCGGUGCAAUCCUAUGUCGAGCAAAUCAGAAAUAUCAGACUCUGA